GAUUUUCCCUCAUUUUCUCUAGAAAAUUUUCUGUCAUUGACAGUGAGAAUCUCAUCUCAGAGAUUCUUCUUAUUUUAAUUUUCUCUUCCUAUUGUUUAUUUGUACUGUUUUCCGCGUGAUUUGAUAGCUCUUUCGUGGAGAACGCGUUGACCUCUUUCUUGGUUGAAUUCCUCCAAUUCAAAGUUUUGAUCUUUUUGGAGAUUUUGGAGUUGGAAUAUGAUUUUGAGUCACUUGGGUCAAAUGGGUUUCUUCCAAAUCCUAAGAUUGCUUUAAAUUUUGGGUUGAAUUUUAUUUUUGUUUGUGUGUGGUGUAUGAUGGAUAUGGAUACCAAGGAUGCUAAUGGCAGCAUCAUGGAUAAACUUGUGGUGGCUUCUUCUUUGGAUGGUGAAAAGGUUGAAGAUCACGCUAAUGGCGAAGAUGAUAGUGACUCUAAUUCUUUGUUGCCUCCCCAGAGAGGUGGCAUGUCCCGGAACUCUGAUAAGGCAUGCCGGAAAGUACAAUGGAAUGAUAAGAAUGGAAACAAGCUUGCUGAGGUGUUGGAAUAUGAGCCAAGGGUUCACUUUGACAGAUACCCAAUAGGAUUGGAGGGCAAUUCAGUGAUGUCAGUGACUCAGAUGAUGAGGAUUCAGAUUCUUGUAUCUGCACAAUAAUGUAGAGAUCAUCUUUGAUAACUGUCUCAAACACUACUGGAUUAAUCAGGGGGCAUUAUUGUGGCUUCCCAACCCUUAAUUUGACCAAAAUAUAACAACUCAACAUGCUUGAUCUUUGUUCUGAGGUGGGACCAACAGUCCAAUAACCAAGACAAGUGGCUUCUCAUGUCUACAUAUACAUGGAUCCAAAUCCAGUUCAUCUUACUGGGUUUUGAGAUGAUUUCUUAAAUGGACUUUCGGGUGAGUUCUCGGAUAUAGAUCAAAAUACACACGUUCCUUCCAGCAUUGUGUUUUGGACAGUGAUGAUAGCUUUCAAGCUUAGCCAUAUCUACUGAUGCUGUAAAAUCUAUGCACUCAAUGUUUUUAAUCAUAUCUUUCUAAUUAAAGAGGAGACACCUAUAUGAUUUCCUUUUGUUUUCCAUUUCCUCAAUACGUGGAACAAAUUUUCAUGAUUCAAGUAUUGCUGAUUGACUAUUUUGCCCCACUUUGAAAAUCAAUUUAUCACUUUGUCCCCCUUUUCAAACUACAUACCAAUCUAUCUCGCAUCUCAAACUAUAUAUCAAUCUGCCUUUGUUUGAUCAAUAUUUGACCGACACUGUUUGAUCAAUCUAUCCAUUUGUUUGAGACAGAUUGGUAUAUAAUUUGAAAAGAAUGGCAUACUAGUGUAUAGUUUGGGAAUAGGGCAAAGUUGUAAAAAUAAAAUUAAAGGGGGGUAAAAUGUUCAAUCAGCCUUCAAGUAUUCAUUCUCAAGCAAUUGUGCUGAAACGUGUUCCUUGUGUAGUGCUUGUAUCAGCAUGUGAUCCUUGAGUUUGUAUCCAGUUCUUCUUUUUAUGUGAAUCUACACUUCAUAUCAAUUUAUGUUGUACAGAUCGUCUCCUAUUUGGGAAUAUGCUUACCCCACGUGUUUUAUUUGACAUCAA